AGAACAAACACAGUCCGAAAGUGUGUAAGUAUUUUAUGUUCAGCACUGAAAAAUAUUUAAAUGGAGGUGUACCUGGUUUAUCAGGGUGGAUGGCCAGCAUGGCGGAGAACACCUUGCUGAGCUGCCCCUUUGUGGACUGAAGGAGAGAUUAAAUGAAUACAUGUUUACACUGCUGUUAUUCACCUGUGUUGAAAGCCAGCAAACAUGUUUACAUACCCAUUUCUUACAGAAAGCGACAUGCGAGAGCCAAAGUUGCACAUCAUCCUACAAGGAAAAGACAUUUGGGAUGUAUUCAUUGUCCUUUUUUCAAGUGUAUGUGCUGCAAAGGAAAGGUGAAGAUGAGAAGCAGGACAAGGACACUAACAAUACAGGAAGAAUUCCGGCCAUAUUAUGAGCGGGGCGGGUUGCAAAGCUAACGGCGCCGUGUACCCCGCCUCGUCGGCAAUGUUGAACGCAGUGAAGAAGCCGAAGAUGGAGCAGAUUCAGGCCGACCAUGAGCUCUUCCUUCAGGCCUUCGAAAAGCCUACUCAGAUAUACAGGUUUCUUCGCACUAGGAACUUGAUUGCACCCAUAUUUUUGCACAGGACUCUCACCUUCAUGUCUCACAGAAAUGGUCGAUCAAAUGCCAAAAGGAAAGCAUUCAAAGUGGAUAACAUGUUGCAGGCGGUAGAGAAGAUGAAGGGAGAGCAGGAAUCUCCCAGCUUGUCUUCACAUCUGCAUUUAACUUUCACUGGGUUCUUCCAUAAGGAUGAAAAGCCAUCUCAGAAUUCAGAAAAUGAGCAAAAUUCGGUCUCGUUAGAGGUGCUACUUGUCAAAGUCUGCCAUAAAAAACGCAAGGAUGUCAGCUGUCCAAUUAAGCAAGUGCCUACAGGUAAAAAGCAGGUGCCUUUGAACCCUGAGAGCAACCAAACCAAGCUGGGCUCGUGUCCUUCGUUAGUGGUGUCCAGCAAUGAGUUUGAGCCCAGCAACAGUCACAUGGUCAAGUCCUACUCGCUCCUCUUCAGGGUGUCACGCACAGGGAGGAGGGACACAAAGGGCCUGGCCAAUGGUGAAGCCAAUGAGAACAUUGAUGUGACAGAUACUCAGAGUAGAAAGAAGAGAUGCUCAUCCCAUAAAGAAGGGGAUGCAACAGAGACCUAUGUUGCACAGAUGACAGUCUUUGACAAGAAUAGGAGGUUGCAGCUGCUGGACGGGGAGUACGAGGUGUCCAUGCAAGGGAUGGAGGAUAGUCCUGUGAACAAGAAGCGAGCCACAUGGGAGACUCUUCUUGAUGGCAAGAGGCUGCCACCGUUUGAAACAUUUUCUCAGGGACCCACGUUGCAGUUUACUCUACGUUGGACAGGCGACGCCAGCGGGACGUCCACUGCCCCUGUAGCGAAACCUCUGGCUACACGAAACUCUGACACCUCUGGACCCAUGGAGACCAGGACCAGCCACCAUAGAGCGACCCCCAUGACAGUGAAAGAGUCAGUCAGCACGGACAUCCAAACGAGGAAAGAGCAUGUCCCCUAUGAGCCGCGCCAGAAGCUACGAAUAUUUUAUCAGUUUCUGUACAACAACAACACACGGCAACAGACUGAGGCAAGAGACGACCUUCACUGUCCUUGGUGCACACUGAACUGCAGCAAACUUUACAGUCUGCUCAAACACCUCAAACUCUCCCACUCGCGCUUCAUCUUCAACUAUGUGCCUCACCCCAAAGGAGCAAGGAUAGACGUGUCCAUCAAUGAGUGUUAUGACGGUUCGUACGUCGGCAAUCCUCAGGACAUCCACAGCCAACCUGGCUUUGCUUUCAGUCGCAACGGCCCAGUUAAAAGGACCGCUGUCACCCACAUUCUGGUUUGCAGGCCCAAGAGGACCAAGCCAAGUCUGUCAGAGUUCCUGGAGUCUGAGGACGGAGAGUUGGAGCAGCAAAGGACCUAUGUCAGUGGACACAACCGCCUCUACUUCCAUAGUGACAGCUGCAUGCCUCUGCGGCCCCAGGAGAUGGACGUGGACAGCGAGGAUGAGAGAGACCCCGAGUGGCUGCGAGAGAAAACUGCCACCCAACUGGACGAGUUCACAGACGUCAAUGAAGGUGAGAAGGAGGUGAUGAAGCUAUGGAACCUUCACGUCAUGCAGCACGGCUUCAUAGCAGACAACCAGAUGAACCAGGCCAUCAUGCUUUUUGUGGAGAGCUGCGGCGCGCACGUCGUCCGGCGGAACCUCUGUCGCAACUUCCUCCUCCACCUUGUCAGCAUGCACGACUUCAACCUGGUGGGCACAGCCACCAUCGACCGAGCAAUGAUGCGCCUCAAGCAGAUCCAGGAGGAGCUCCCGGAUGCAGAGAAGCAGCAGGAGCUGACUCCGGCGGAAGCGGCGGCGGGAAGCUGCAACGGGAACGCUUUGACCUCCAGUGCGGGGAAGCAGGGCAAGAGGACAAAAAGCGCUCUGACGGACUGAUGCAGGCUCAAUGCUUGGAACUAUUAGUCAUGAAGGAGUUUUUGCUCUGUUUGCUCCCCUUCAAUAAACUCUCCAAUCGUUUUGGUGCUUAGACAUGUGGUCAGCACAGCGUCUGACCCCCAAACAGACCAAUAUACAAGGUAAACAAGUUUUUACAACUUGGAAGUGAACCAAAUAUGAACAAUAUAGAAAUGAAUCACCAACAUCAAACAUGAUGGUGUCUUUUGGAUGAGUGUGUGAACAGGCUGAGAAUCUUGUAGUAUGUCCUUAUAGAUGAGGCUCGUCAAAGCUACAGUUAAAACUGUACUGCUAACAUGAAUUGUACGCAUACAUGAUAACCAUAGCGGAUUAUUUUAGCACUUGAUGUUUUGUAUUUAGAGAUUUUCCUUUUUUUUUAUGUCAGUGCUGCACCAAAGGCAGCAUCUCUUCCGUCACUAGUGGAGUCUUUUCUGUUGUUGGAUCUCACUGUGGAAACUGUGAAUUGACAGUUUAGCGAAGGCAUUGUAAAGAUUGUUUGGGCUCCAAAAAUACAUUUUAUUUUUUAGGUUUUUUGUUUGUUUUGCUGAUAGGCUCUCUGUACAGUAGUGGUCAAUGAUCGCUCAGAGUUAGCUUUUAGACUCACUGCAGUUUUUGCCAAAGGGUUUGUCAUUAUUAUGUUCAUUUGUGUAUUUCCUUUUGUUUGUUGAAUAGUGGAUUUAAACAGACCAUGGUCAUGGUUCACUCCCAACCUCAGUUUCUAUAUUUUACUCCUAUCACGUCAGUCAUGAUUUCUUACCUUUUUAUCCGAAAGGGAGAUUUUCUCACUUUUUACUUGCAAAACACCCUGUUGAUAAUUGUGAAAAGAAGUACAGUCUGGCUUUAGGGUUUUUAUAUUUAAAUAAAAACAAAUUCAGCCUCA